UCUUGCCUCACUAUCAUCUUGUUUGAGAACCUACAGUAAUAAUAUAUUGAAGAAUAGAGAGCCAGGUGAUCCCAACCAGGCACUAAUGCAGCGCCUCAACAACCGGUUGGAGAGCCACAUCAGUGGGCAGGUGGAGUGUGAGUUGGACAGCCUGGGGAAGGGUUCCUGGGUGAACCAGGGGUACUGUGGCUCUCCUCCACCCAUUCCUCGGGCUAUCAGCACUGUCUACAACCCCCAGCCCCUCUACCCCCAAGGCUCCUUCGACAGCAUGUGCAAACUAACCACGCCGAGCCCUUUCCCAACCGAGGUCAAGCCGCUGGAGACAGGUUCCGAGAAAAAACGUGGUGGAUGCUGCUCAUUUUUUAAAGGACUGUGGGGCACUACACUGACUGAGAAUACAUCGGACAACCGGGAACUGUUUGUUAAGACUACAAUGAGGGAGUUACUGGUCUAUUUGGUGUUCCUUGUGGACAUAUGUCUAUUGACAUAUGGCAUGACCAGCUCCAACACCUACUACUACACUAAAGUCAUGACGGACCUGUUUGUGCUUACGCCCAGUGACAGUGGGGUUACGUUUCAGUCCAUUAGCAGCAUGGCAGACUUCUGGACGUAUGCCCAGGGCCCAAUGCUGGACGGCCUCUACUGGACCAAAUGGUACAACAACCAGUCUCUGCAGAAUGGAGACCAGUCCUUCAUCUUCUAUGAGAACAUGCUGCUGGGGGUCCCCAGGAUGAGACAGAUCAAGGUGAUGAACAACUCCUGUAAGGUCCACAAAGACUUCCGCAACGAGAUCUCCGGAUGCUUUGAUGUCUAUAACGAGAAGAAGGAGGAUGAGGUGGACUUUGGCCUUCUUAAUGGAACUGCCUGGCAAUACCACAAUGAGAAAGAGAUAAAGGGUUCAGCCCACUGGGGUCUGCUUGCCACGUACAGCGGUGGAGGGUACUACCAGAACCUGAACAAGACCAAGGAGGAGAGUGCUGAGAUCCUGAUGGAGAUGAAUAACAACCUAUGGUUGGACCAUGGCACCAGGGCCGUGUUCGUCGACUUUUCCACUUACAACGCUAACAUCAAUCUGUUCUGUGUCAUCAGGUUGUUGGUUGAAUUUCCAGCCACUGGUGGAGCGAUACCCUCAUAUCAGAUUAGAACGGUGAAGCUGAUUCGUUACAUCACCUACUGGGACUACUUCAUCAUUGGCUGUGAGAUGGUGUUCUGCCUGUUCAUCCUCUACUAUAUUGUGGAGGAGAUUCUUGAGCUCCGAAUCCACGGGUUCUCCUACUUCAGCAGUAUCUGGAACACUCUGGAUGUGGUUGUCAUACUGCUUGCCAUUGUUGCAAUCAUCUUCAAUGUUUUUCGCACCAUUAAAGUGGACAAUUUACUUGGUAAACUCUUAGAACAACCUGACAUUUAUGCAGACUUUGAAUUUCUUGCAUUCUGGCAAACACAAUACAACAACAUGAAUGCAGUGAACUUGUUCUUCGCUUGGAUCAAGGUUUUUAAGUACAUCAGUUUUAACAAGACUAUGACUCAGCUGUCUUCUACUCUGGGCCGCUGUGCCAAAGACAUCAUGGGAUUCGCCAUUAUGUUCUUCAUCGUGUUCUUUGCCUACGCUCAGCUCGGCUACCUGCUUUUUGGUACGGAGGUGAAAUCCUUCAGCACCUUCGUCAAGUGCAUCUUUACACAGUUCCGGAUCAUUCUUGGAGAUUUUGAUUAUGAUGCCAUUGAACGUGCCAACAGAGUCCUGGGGCCAAUCUAUUUCGUCACCUAUGUGUUCUUUGUCUUCUUUGUGCUGCUUAACAUGUUUCUGGCCAUCAUCAACGACACAUAUUCUGAGGUCAAGGAAGAGCUGUCAUCCCAGAAGGAUGAGCUGCAGAUUACUGACAUCAUCAAACAGAGCUACAUGAAGACAUUUAUGAAAUUGAAACUGAAAAAGGAGAAGAUAUCCGAUGUUCAGAAAGUCCUACGAUCUGGAUCGAACGAACUAGAAUUCAAAGACUUUAGAGAAACUCUGAAAGAGUUGGGACAUGCCGACCAUGAGAUAUCUGAAGCUUUCUCCAAAUUCGACCGUGAUGGAAACCAAAUUCUGGACCAAGAGGAGCAAGAGAGGAUGAAGAGGGAGCUGGAGGAGAAGAGGGAUGCUCUUAGUGCCGAGCUCAACAACCUUGGAAAAAACUAUGGGAAUGGCUCUCUGGAGAAAUCAACGGUGGAGCAUGGCAAGCCAAGUAACACUCUGAUGGAGCAGGAGGACUUCCAGAGGUUGGUCAGACAGGUUCUCCAACUAGAACACUCAGUAGCUGCUAUCAUGGCCAAGAUGGAUAUAGUCAUGGAGAAACUGGAACUGCAGGAGAGCAACAGGACUAAAGGGAAGGAAACAAUAGGAAAACCAAGUGCGGUCAAAAACUACAAUGAAAAAUCAGCUUCAGAUGGGAAUGUUAUGGUAUAUAUGGAUAGAGGGACAAGGGCUGAGAUGGCACCCUGGAGAUCAACCAUUCCUGCUGGAAGUGCCACCUAUGAUCGUCCUGGGACAGGCUGGCCAACGGCCAACAGCCACAUGUGAAGCAUAUUUAACUGACUUAAAGGCAAUGGUGAAUGGCUUAACAGGUUAUAAUCACUUCAAUUCAUGUUCAAAAUUCUGCUAUAUAUUGUACAUGUAUUCCUUUUAAGUCAGAGAGAGAGGUUAAGAUAAUGUAACAUGUAACUUUAUAUAUUAAUUGUACUGUCCAUACAUUUGUGCUGGGCUUUGUGAUUGAUGUGUUAAUCUUGUUUGUUGUUGCCAUUAAAAAAAAAAAAAUGUAUCUUAUGAAUUUGUGUAUAAGACAAAAGUUAAAUGUAUAUGUACAAUAUUCUAUACUAUAUAAGUACUCCCACCACCUUGCACCUGACUUAAUGUGUAUAAUUCCAAAAUAUACAGGAACAUCUAAAUUGAGUUUAUGAGCUUUAAUAUUGACAAGCGUCCCUUGGAACAUGCAACUAAGACUAUUUAUCUUUUGACUACUCUAUCUUUGUUUAAAUCUAGAAUAUCCUCAAAAUAUGAGAUAGGUAUAUAUAUAGAUUUCCUGUAACGAUCUAGACUAGCCUCAAUUCAAAGCUGUUGCUCAUUGUAUCUGUUGUACAUAAAUAAUUACUCAAUAA